CAAGACCGAGAUCCCAGCGAAGUAGCUCACACUGGCCCGUUGAGACAGUUCAGAAAAAUUCCCACAUCACAAAACACACAAUAUUUUCGGCAAGUUUAGUAUAUUAGAGUAAUAAAAUAGUAAAUAUUUGAAAAAUACAACAAAAGCGCGAUCCUGCCAUAGCGACUGGGAUCCAUCGCAUUUUUGUUGUCACUCCGCUCCGAAUUCGAUUUGGCCAUUUAUUUUUUUUGGAAUUUGAAUCUGAAUCUGGACACUUCUUCAAGAAUCAAUAAUCAGUUUAAGAACACAUCGAAUCGAAUAUCGAGCGAACAUAAUGUCGGCAAGGGGAGACCACCACCACCACCAACAGCAGCUACCGGCCACGAGUGUCCGCAUCCAUCGCGAUCCCCGCAACCUUCGCGAUCACAUCCGGGAGCAAUUGGAGGAGCAGGUGAUCCAACUGCGACUGGAGGAGCAGGCCCAGCAACAGGCCCAGGCUACUGCCCAGCAGCAGGGGCAGCAACAGGGGCAACAGACCCAACAGCAGGCCCAACAAGGACCAGUCAUGCCACCGAAACCCCAGCCAGCCUGGUACAUCAUGGAGCGCGAACUGGACGCCGGUCUCAAGGAGCUGCAGCGCAUCUUUGAGCUCCUGACCCCCCCGGCACCCUCCAACGUGGACUCAUCCCUUCUCGUGGCCAUGCCGCUGCUCCCGACUCUGCCGCCGGAGCCACCCGCCGCAGGUGGCCAAGCUGCCGAGCAACCAGUUCAACCACCACCGCCGCCACCACCACCACCACAGCAGCAGCAGCAGCAGCAGCAGCAGCAGCAGCAGAUGCCUCCCCAGUACCUGGGCGGGGGCUUUGAUGAGCUGCCAGUGGGCGUGGCGGCCAGUUCACGGAACGCCACCCAUCGCAUCUACAACCCAACCCCAAGCCCCAAUCUUAAUCAGCAGCCAGAGCCGGAAGAGGAGCAAGCUCUGGGGCAGGAACUGGUGCCACACGCGCCUCAAGGAACUGCAGCCGACGAAGAGGACGAGGAGCAGCUGGCUCUCGAUACUAUGGACCCGGAGACACGUCUCCGGGCCAGCAAGUUCUUCAAUCUGAUGCUGAUCAAGCUCCUGAGACGUCGCAAGGCCGAGGUCUUCGAUCUGCACACCCUGGUGCGACGCUACCAGGAUUAUGCCCUCCGGACGCACACCCAGCUGGUCUCCCGGAACCAGCUCUGCCAUUUGGAACAUAGACGGGCCGAGCACCUCACCAUGCAACUGAUGGGUGCCAUUAAUCGGGUCCGGAUUACCAUGGAGAACUGCGCCAACAUCGACGCCGAGCUCAAGGUACUGAAGAAGCGCGAGAAGGUCCUUCGCAAGGACCUAGAUGCCAAGUCGCUAGAGUGCGAAUACUUUGCCGAGAUGCUGGACAGCUGCCGGGCGGAAAUGUUUCGCGAAUUGGCCAAAUACCGGGAGGGAGCCAGCGAGCUGGCCAACCAACAGCGUCGCGCCAUAGAGCUGGAACGGCAGAAUGCCCAACUGGAGGACGAACUACUAACCAUCAAGGAUCAAUUCCUGCAGCAGAACGAUCAAAUGUCCGUGGCCCUGGGCGCCAAACAGGAGCAACUAGAUACGGCCUAUGAAACGCUGAAGCAUUGCGAGCAGGAAUUGGCCAAUUUGGAAUUGAAACACAACGAAGUGCUCCGCCUCAACGAGAUCGAUACGGAACUGCAGGCAGAGAUCACGGAACUGAAGCGCAACAUGGGCCUGGCCCGCUAUUUUCUGUUCUAUCUAUCCGCCCGGAACUGGGGCUCCUUCCACGUGUGCAUGUACCAUGUGGUGGCCGGAUCCCUUGACUGUUUGCUGCCCGCCUUCGCCGCCCCGCCCAUGGCUGACAAUUUGGUGCGAUUGGCGUUCGCCGUUGUUUUCCUGUUGGCCGCCAUGUCCUGACCAAAGGAUACUACCAUAUAUGGAUAAAAAAAAAAAGAGAUGAUGAUGAUGGGCGGGAACAACAAGGACGAUGAUGUUCAUGUGGGCAUGACACACAGCAGGGAUAUACAAUUCAAUAUUUCGGGUAGAGAUUUUUGGGCGAUUUUUGGGUAGUGCCAUGAUGGGUGAGAUGGUUUGUGAGAUUUCCGUGAGGCUCGACAGUACAUUUUAGUCGCAUUUCGUUAUUUUCUUUGUCACUGGAAUUGACAGAUAAAUCUCCCCUAGCUUCAAAUUACAAAAAAAAGUAAUAAAGUCAAAACUAUUCACUAAUUGAACUAACACAUUCUAUACAAAAAAUUAUACAAUCGAACAAAUAAACGAUUUCAAUAAUCCCAUCCAAUCUAACUAAA